AUGCUGUUCUACUUGCGGGACGAGACCGUUGUCGGCAUGGUCUUUUGGAACUUCCCGCCAAUAGAUGACCGAAAGGAAGUUGCCACCGAGUUGCUGCGUGCGAAGCCUUCUUACAAGGACAUUAAUCUGCUCGCCGAACUCCUCGGAUUCCCUGAUUUACAAUGCGUCUACAUAGCCGAAGAAGAACUGAAGGAUCCAGGGCCAUGCAUCCAAAGUAAAAAGAAGAAAAUAAGGCAGCAUGAUGUUAUUUAUGAUAAUACAACUAGAGAUACAAUACCUAAAAGAGGAUACUACUCGGAAUUGGUAUCUGAUAUGACGAAGGAUGACCCGCUCAAAGAUAUUUGUGCAAAGAAAAGAAUGAAAUUGUUGUUACAAGCAAAAACUGAUCGAUUUGCUCCCACGCUUAUUUCCCUUCCUAAACCUCAGAGGGCUAAAAUACUAUUGCCGCCCGGACGCUGGACUACCUAUAGAGAAGAUGAAAGCAUCCAAUUUCCAUUUGAGACGUUUGUGCCGAAGCUGCAGUUCCUUAGUAUAGUACUACCCAAAGAGUUACCCAGACUUGUUAAGAUAGAGCGAUUGCGGAGGAAAUUUCUGGCAGCGAAUAUUAAGAAAAUGCUUAGAGAGUUGGGAAUACAACCGUAUUGGUUACUGCCUCCAUCAGAAUUCAAACUCACUGAACAAGAGCUUUAUGGUUUAUACAGUCCGUUUCAUAAAAUGGAUUUGGAGAUAUUCGAUAACACAGAUUUCGACUGCAGGAUUCCUGAAGAAUGGCUGUCGUUGGGUAUGAUUGAAGGCGAACAGUAUCCAUGUCCGGGACUCGCUUUCCUACCUAAAGAUGAGAGUAAAGCGAACAAAAUGGCCGGUGAUAUUUUACAGAUUCUGAAUAAUCUUUACGAGGCAGACGACCCUGAGACAUUUGCUCAACGGGUCAAAUUCGCCGUAGAUCUUCGCCAGCAGGUGGAGAAUGACCUGAGGUUUUAUUUGUACUUGGAUUGUUUGCGUUUGGACGGUUUACCUAUGAUGCCCUUACAUUAUAUGCCCGCUAUUAUCAAGAUGGUGCGCGUUCAUCAUCAGGCAAAGGAUAUUGAUGAGGCCCAUUUAAAUGCUCUAAAGCAAGAGGUGGAGUCAAUGCUGUUCUUCACUGUUAACCACGGACGGAAUGUCAGCCUGGCCGAGUUUGAUGCAACACAGCAACAUUCCACUUCGAUGAUGCUAAAAUACUUGAACAUCACGUGGCUAAACAAUACGGCACAUGCUAUAAGAAUGUCAUUUAGAGACGUCGGUAAAGGAUGGUAUAACAUAUAUGAGAAGAAAUGGGAGUUCUAUGGCGUCAGUAAGCUUUGUAGGUUUAUGCAAUUAGUCAGGUUUCGGAUGCAGUACGCGCUCCGCUACUGUAUCGAGCAGUCUAUGGCUAUGUUUGUGAAUUUGUGCGAAACUCCUUGUCUGUGCACUUACUGGUGUGAAGAUGAUUAUGAGUGGGAUUCUUCCGAUCUAAUUAAUUCACCUUUUCGUUCACCCACGCCGACGUUGUUCUAUUUCCAUCUAAUGAUAUCUGCAGAUGGACCAUAUUAUACUACUAGUCCGGAUCAGUUUGAGCAACUGUUAGUAAACAAGCGUUCCGAUAUAAUUCGAUCUUUACUGACCAUGUGGGCUGAAGAAGUGCGGUUAGUCGUAGACGAUGUGAUCCAGGCCUACAAAACGAUCAUGCGUAAACUCGGUGAGAAACCAAACACUAUUGAGCACGUGUUUGAAAUCAGAGAAUGGAUGGAAUCCAUUCCUUUCGCACUUAAGACUCAAGAGGAUAUUAUGAAGAAGGUUCAUACUGUGGACGUAACAACAGAGUUCUUAGAAGAAGAACAGGAGAAGUUUUGGAAACUGCAUCAAAUUGAUGAACAAACGCUAUUUGAUAAGAUUGAUAUGUUUAGCGCGCAGUGCAUGGCUCUCACACUACAGAAUGACUUUAGCAAGGUUCACGAGAUAGCGAAUGACAUAAAGAAGGCGUGGAAGGGCAUGAAAGACUCGCAAGACUGGGGCCGCAUUCUUAAUCAGAGGCAGAAACUCUUCGGACAACCUGUUGUACCUUUUGUGGAUCUCAAUAGGCUGGUCAAAGAGUUUGAACCAUACAGAAACCUUUGGGUUACUGCAUCAGAUUUCUUGAAAGCUCGCGAAGUGUGGUUUGAUAAUCCACUGAUGUACGUGGAUGCGGACACUAUCGAGCCGCUCAUCAAUGAGUAUUAUAAGACCAUCGUUAAGUGCGUGCGCACCUUUGCUGAUAUGCCUAAAGUACAGCAAGUGGCCAUCACCAUACGGGACAAUAUCGACGAGUUCAGACCACUGAUUCCUAUUAUUCAAGCUGUCAGAAACCCCGGAAUGAAGGAACGUCACUGGAAUGAAUUCAUGGAAAAAGCUGGUUAG